UUGCUGCAUGUCAUUUUGGGCAUUCUGUGUACGCGUACAUCCUUAAAGUCUGUUGUUUAUGCCUGAAUGCUUACAUUUGUACAUUCCAGGGUCCGGCUUUAAACGUCAGCUGACUUGUCACCGUUUGUUUUGUUCAUCACCGUCGUCGCUUCCGUCUGUUAUCACCCGAGUUGGCCGCCUCUCGAGCCCAGUGUGUGUGUGACUGUGACAGAGAGUUGUGUUAAACCAGGCACACUGCUGCUCGACUUCAACCCUCAUCGCUUGACAGGAGUUUUCCUUCAGAAGUCCUGGUGGUGCCGGCAGACUCCCACGUGUGAAAGCCGGAGCUCAGUACGAACUAAUUAACUGGCAGCGACCCUGCAAACCUUUCCCCUUGAGGAGCUUUUAAACCCAAGUUUCAUCAAAACACUGCUCCAACCCUUCCUCAGAAGAACGCUCAUGUGCUUACAAGGUGAACAGACGUUCUUGGGAACGCAGAUUUGCAACACGAGGAAAAUAGCACGAUGACAGGCCGGCAACCCUCUAGGCUUCUGAUGUGGUUCAUUGGAUUGUUGGGCGUCGCGUUAUUUAUGUUAUUCCUGGCUUGGGUGACUAUGCAGUUUCAGGUGAAACUGCAUGGGAUGAGCCUCUAUAGAUUUCACAGUAAACAUUUCAGGUUUUUUUUACGUAUAAAUAAUUCUAGGCCUUCGGAGCAUCAACAGUCUGCUAAGAAUAAGACUGACAGUGCUGAUGAACGUGAGCUGAAGUCAGAAAACGGCACAAAGUCUGAUCAAACAAAGUCAAUCACAAAUCCUUUAAAACCAGUGGUAAAACCCACUGAGCCAGACUUUUUUGGUGACCGGUAUGCCAAAGAUGAUGUUCCUUCACAAACAAACUGUCCCAGCAACAUUCGGAAGCGUGUGCCUCAGACUCAGUUUGCUCAGAUGUUUCUGCACAGUAUUCCUGUGCUUCAAUGGGCAAAGCAUUUUACACCAGAAGAGUAUGAGCGGUUGAGUCACUACAGUGGAGCACACGGCUGGGGAAGUGUUGGCGCCGAAGUGUUAAAGAGCUCACUAGGAAUUUUAAAUACAUCUGCAAAUCAGCUGAUGUUUGAUGACUGGGAGAGAAGAGCAAACAGAUCUGAGUGUAUUCGAUGUGCCGUGGUGGGAAACGGUGGAAUACUGAAUGGUUCAAGAAAAGGCAAAGAAAUCGAUGAACAUGACUAUGUCUUCAGGGUGAAUGGUGCAGUUCUCAAAGGGUUUGAAAAAGAUGUGGGAUCCCGGACUUCAUUCUACACAUUCUCAACCAACACCAUGCGAAACUCGAUGCGUAGCUACGCUGGCGUAGGCUACAGAGGUCCACCCAUAUCCAAGGAGACCAGGUACAUAUUCCUACCAGACCAUGACAGAGAUUAUAUUCUUAUGAAGGCGGCUUCUACACACACAGUAAUUGAAACAGGCCCUGAGCGUAGCAAAAACCCCCCUACAUACUUUGGUAAAAAUGUGACUGCAGAAAAAUUCAAAAUCUACCACCCAGACUUUAUCCGCUACCUCAGAAACAGACUUUCGAAGGAAAAGUUCAUGUUGUUGUUCAACAGCAAACUACGUACAGAAACUACGUAGUGAGUAUUUUGGAUUUAUUGUCUUUUGAGUCAGUUCAUGAGAGAAAUGGCUGAUGGAUGUGUGUUAGGGAGAGGCCUUUUAAACAUGUAUAGAGUUCAGGAAUAACUGAAUAACUCUUGUGUUCUUGGCCACUAUUUGUUCACACAUAUUGAGUCAUUUCAGACCAAGGCCAGACAGGAUGAAUCACGGCCCCCCCCGUACAAAGAUUCUGUAAUACUAAGUGAAAAAUCAUCUACCAAAGAGAAUAUUUUUAAAUAAUUUUAUUUUUAUUUUUAAUAUGGUGUCUUGAGUAUAAAUGUUUAUAGGUGGUCCAUUCAGAAUGCACUUGAUGCCAUGCCACAUCAUGUGUGUAUCAAGAAGCGUUUUCCUUUUUUAAAAAAUAACUUUCUUUUUUUUAAUUAAUUAAUUUAUUUAUUUUAUAUUUACAGGUUAACUUUACUUGGAAGCUUUAAAGUGCAAUAUGUGUGUUCACAAGCUGUUUGAAUCAAAAUGUGAAUUUCUUUUGUGAUUUAAAAAAACGAAAAAACAAAAACAAAUAAUUGAACUGCUUUGCUCACGUUGGGCAAAAUUGUUUUAGAGAUUUACCACACCCCUGGUUAGAGUUCCAGAAUCACUCCACUUUUAUAAAACAGUUAAGGACCAAACAUCGAAAGAUGGUCCUACAGCACAGUGUAUUUUUAAGCACAGAAUAAAUUUUUUGAAAUGAUGGUGUUGGUUAUAAAAUGGUAUGCCUCCAUUUUGUCUCAGAAUGCUGUGGAUGUGGCCUUAUUUAUUGUGUAGAAAUCAAAAUUGGUUUAAAAAGAACUUUGGUUUGUCAAAUUAGUUAAUUUAAAGGAACACUUCGCUUUUUUAGGCUUAUUGUCCAACUCCGCUAGAGUUAAACAGUUAGUAGAGUUUUACCAUUUUCGAAUCCAUUCAGCCAAUUUUAAUUUAGCAUAGUUUAGCAUAGAUUAUUGAAUCUGAUUAGACUGUUAGCAUCUCGCUCAAAAAUGACCAUAUAUAAUGACGAUAUUUUUCCUAUUUAAAACUUGACUCUUCUGUAGUUACAUCGUGUACUAAGACUGACGGAAAAUUAAAAGUUGUGAUUUUCUAGACUGAUAUGGCUAGGAACUAUACUCUCAUUCUGGCGUAAUAAUCAAGGAACUUUGCUGCUGUAUCAUGGGUCCAGCAGGCGCAAUGAUAUUAUGCAGCGCCUAAAAGUGACCGGCACUAAGUUUCUGUAGAAGCAGAAUUGGCGGCUGCGUAAUAUCAUUGCGCCGAAAUGAGAGUAUAGUUCCUAGCUGUAUCGACCUAGAAAAUUGCAACUUUUCAUUUUUCAUCCAUCUUUGUACACGAUGUAACUACAGAAGUGUCGAGUUUUAAAUAGAAAAAAUAUCGAAAGUCUUUUAUUUAUAAGUCUGUUUAUUCUGGAAGUGAACAAAUCCUUUAAAAGCAUACAUAUUUGCUUAAAUAGUUUUCCUUAAAUUUAAUAUAUAUUCAAAUCUAAACAAAGUUUAGUUUUAUGACGUGCUGACAGGUGGUUUAGGGAUAUUAUUGUACAUUGUGUCCUCAGACGGUGUUUAUCUUUGAGCCAGAGAUGUGAUGAAAACCAAAUAUUUCUUACAGAAGUGACAAUAUUAUUAAGCCCAACUGAAUGCACACUGCUUAAGGUGGUGCAAAUAUUUAGCUCCUACAAGCAAAUUGACAUUAUGUCAGCUCUCCCUUUAGGUACAUAGAAACAUGUAUACAAUAGAGACGAUAAAAACUGGGCAGAGAAAUCAGUCAAUUAAUCACGCCCAUGACACCUCCUCUUUUUGAAUGUUCAAAUGUUUUAAACAACCAAGUGAGAUGCGUGGACGUGGGUAAACGCCCACAGCAUCUUCGGAAACAAACGUCAACAUUCAUUAAGUUCGUCUCAGCUUCUUUUCGUUUCUGGAAGAAGACGCGCUGAGAGGAAUAAAUCAGAAUUUACCUCCGAUGAAGAAUGCAACGCAAAAAUUAACAGUAACGCUGCAUUUCAUUGUCAGUAAUAGUAACGGGGCAAAUAGUCAUUAGUUUGAUCACUUGUUACUAAAAAAGUAAUGGCGUUAGUAACGCCGUUAUUCCCAUCUCUGCUUAUAACCAAUCAGAUGCAUUUCUGAUGAACUUAAGAAUGCAUUGGCCAAUCAGAGGUGCUUAGAUUAGUCAGCGCUGAAAAAACCCAAGCUGUGUGGAGCUGCACGAUUGCAAAAUCCCUUAUCAUAAACAACAGAGUGCAGAUAUGAUGUAAAUAAAAGAUUAAAAAUUACAAUGAUUAUAACAGGAGUAUUUGCGUAACUUGCGCUAGAGUAGACUAACGUCAUGGACAAACAUGUUAAACUUGUGAAACCAGAAUGUGACGUGUCUUAAGCACAGACAUGAAAUCAAUAUAUUCUAUAUUGAUAUUAAUAAUCCAUUAUUACAAUAUAAAAAGCAAUAAUCUACAAUAAUGCUUUUUGUCAUAAUAUUCCAGCCCUUUGAGCUCCUGUUUUUUACAUGUGUAAUUUAGAUACAGUUUUAAACUGUCUAUUGUUAUUGAAAACAGUUUAAAAUAUUGAUUAAAAUAAUUGGGUAAAUCUAAGUAUCUGACAUUAAAGACAACAUAGUACAGUGAUUAUAAUAAUACGCUAAUUAUAAACAUUACCCACACAAAUGUAAAAAAUGCCCCAGGAAAUCAAUUCCAAUAUACACUACUCUUCAAAACUUCGGAGUGUUUUUUUUUUUUUU